AUUUGAACAAAAUUUUGGCGAAAGAGUUCUGUUGCCCUGUUAGUACAUUUUUUAAGGGGGUUCAUGAUCUGUAAGCGACAUUUUAGAAAUUUCAUGUCCACACAGUCAAACAGAAAAUGACUGAUCAAAUUUAAAGUAGUUGAAUCGCCUUAGAGCUUGUCUGUCUGCACAUAAAUUUAUUUCAGACCCAUUUAAAUGCAAUAAAUUGGCGAUAUUUCGGAAGCUUUUAAUCUCACACCGUUCGGGGGAACAUGAUAUAACUCAAGUACGUCCUUGACACGAAAGUACAAACAGAGGACAGAUGAGCGCAAUUCCAUUUAGCUACCUCGUCCAGCUAACGUAGCCAGCUCAUUUUCACCAAGAGGCAAAUACAUCAGUACUGCAUUGAAAAUGUCUGAAACUGUCAUCGCUCUUUAUGCAAAUAAAAUUCAUGGAAAAAAACCGCGUAAUCCAUUUUCAGAUACGGAAAAAUAUAAAAAAGUUAACCAUCUUGGAAUCCAAAACGAAGAUUUAGCAAAAAGCAGUUUUACACAGAUAAUUCAGUUUGAUUACCUGCGGAAGUCAUUCAUUGCCACAUUUUCUAUUCUUAUCCUAAAUCAUCACUUGAACAUGGGUCUAUUAUCAGUCAAAGACGAAUUUGAAGAAAGCCUCAGUUACAUUAAAUCUGGUGGAUAUGAUAUGACCAUUUCUUUUUACUCCGCUCUGAUUUGGCCUCCGCCCAUGGUGAUGCAGCAUUUUUGGUGACUAAAAAAAACUUCUCUGAUAAUGAAAGGUUCCGUGUAGUGCGCACAUGCGCAAUCAUUCACGUUGAGCCGAGGCAGCGGUUCAUUUCUAGCGGUUCAUUUCCAGAUUUAUGCGGAACAGAGCAAAGCUUCGAUUUACCAGUCCUCAAAAGCCGAACUCCCGUCGGAAUCAUCAUGGCGAGGAUAUUCGACUGCAUGAAAACCACGUUAUUGCUUUUGAUAAUCAUCUGCAAUGAGCACUCAAUUACUGUUUGUAUGCCGUGGAAUUUUCAAAGCGACCAUAAAUUGCAAACUCCGGCUAAGCUGCCUGGAAAUUAUCUUUGGCCUCCACGUAAACCUCUAACGAAACAAACAGAUAAAGGUCCUGGGUUUUUCUCCGUAGUUUCGAAUAGAGAAGACGACCUUAAAACGUUGACCACCAUCACAAUAAGAAGUGCUGGAUAUGAUUUUAUGGCCAGUCAUGAAAAAUCUCUCAGAAUUCGGCGUCAGAUAAUUACUCGCACUAUAACCGAGCCCUCAGUCGUGUCCUCAGUUAAACCCUUUGCGGAAGACUUGGUCGAGCUGGAGCUGGAAAUGAGCCAAAAGGGUAACCCAGAGCCUGGGCCUGAGUGGCCAACUGCGAUUCAGGCCUGGGGAAAAGCCUGGGACCUACAUGUAUAUGUGUUUGCAGUUCUUUACAUCUUAAUCACAAUAGCUUCUGGCUAUGGACUUGCUGAUGAUCUCUUCAGAAAUCAAGGAAUCAAGGGACUCAAACUGACUUUGUUUCUGACAUUUUUAUUUCUGGGUGCCUCACGUGGUAUCAUGCUGCUCGUCGAUCCUUACAACUCACGAGGAAUUUUGGACCUCUACAGUUCGUAUGUCACGUGGUCAUUAGGCUUCCCGUGUGUCCUCACGGCCCUUGGUCUUUUGCUCUUGGUAUUUGGGGAGGCAACCAGUAUGGAGAUCGCCCCUCCACGAUUUCAGAAAUUAUCCACGGCGCUGGGAAUCAUGGCUUGCAAUAUAAUUGUAGUAUUGGGAGUAGAUAUCGUCUUCUUACUCGCCAAGAAGUUCAUCUCACUUCUGAUAAUUUGUCAUAUUUAUUUCGUCAUUUUUGGCAUCAUUUUGACCGUUGGUUAUUGCUGCGUAGGCUGUAAAUUAUCCUGCAACUCGGCAGCAAGUGUAUAUGGUGAUACAGGACUUUUAAGACUUAAAAUGUUUGUGUUCACCCUAGCAAUGCUGAAUGGUCUUUUCAUUGGAAUUCAAGUCUUCUCAGCUUUUGACUUCGUCCUUCAUCAAGGGGCUCUCAGCGCUUGGCCAUGGUACGCUGUCCAAACCUCCCUGCGGGCGCUGGAGGUGAGCAUGUGUUUAGUAAUGUUAUUGAUUGCAUUUAACAACAGAGUGAGAUCAUCGCCACCUCAAAUGAGAACUUCUUUUCACUUCCGCAAUACUGUUACACCGUUCCAAGCGUGGGAACCCUCAGAAGGGCAGAAAAGUUAAGAAGAUACUUAAAAAGAUAUUGGAGCUUCAGCCGGAGUCGAUUCUUAGAGCAAACUUUUAAUGGCAAAGGGAAAUCUUACAGCUAUAAUAACUGUCUGCUGAAGCGUCAGUCAAAUCCUAUGUAUACGAUUCAUGCUCAUAAUAAUAUGAUACUUGUUUUGUAUUUCACCUGUGAGCUUAUUAGACGGCGAGUCUCAUGUUCUCGAGGUUAUUGCCGUAUUUAGUAUGCAAAGGAGAUUAAACCAGUCCAUUUUGUUUUCAAUGUAAGACUUUAAGUUAUCAGCCUAAAGUUUUGCAGUUCAAAUUUAAAAAUAAAACAUCUUUUUUGAAUGUGCCAAAAGUAGUGAUGCAUGAAUUCUUGAGAAGCCGUAAAUAGCUCAUUAUUUGUAUCAAUGGUAAUGUUUGACCCGCCUUGAAUAAAAAUCUCACACUGAA